AUGGGAAGGAAGAGAAAUCAAAGAAAGCCAGCAAUUGAAGGUGACGCAUCGAAUCUUCCAUGUGAAAUCAUAUGCACCAUACUCUCAAAACUACCCGUCAAGUCUCUUCUGCAAUUCAAGUGCGUUUGUAAAUCAUGGCGUGCUGCAAUCUCCAAACCCCAAUUCGUGAAAUUGCAUCUAAAUGAAUCAAUUAAGUUGAACCGUCAAAAACUCUUUUGCUCGGAGAUGUUGUCCGACCCUUUCUACUCCAUAGGCUAUGAAAGUUUUGAUAUUUCAGUGGAAAAACUAAGCUUUCCUUGUAAGAAGUAUAGGAAGGCUGGAGUGGUGUGUACUUGCAAUGGUCUAGUACUGUUGGGUCUUGACCAUGACAAGAUGUCUGUACUAUGGAAUCCAUCUAUCAGAGAUUAUAAAAAGUUCUCAUGUCCACCUCACAUAUAUGACAAAUAUAAGCCAAAAGGACUUUGCUAUGAUUCUUCCAUGGAUGAUUACAAGGUGGAAAUUCCCUUACUUGGGUUUUCGCGGUGCUACGAUCAGUGUGAAUGGUGUGUUACACUGGAUUGCUUUUACACUAAGAAAUGUCCAGGUGAGGCGAACCUCUCUUCCGAUUCUUCUAGUUCGAGUUCAUCAGAUGGUGAUGACAAUGGUAACUACCCAGCUUUUAUUCAUCAAUCCCAAGAUUUUAGAAUGGAUACAGUCAGAACACCCUAUACUCUACCUCCUUAUUCUCGUUCCUCUUUAUACAAUUCAAACACCCAUGUAUUCGAAUAUGCGUAUGAUUUCACUAAAACAUAUGUGAUUGUUUACUAUGACAUGGUGGAUGAGAGGUUCAAGGAGAUGCCACCACCAAAAUGUAUAAAAGAAGGUGAUAUAUUUAGUUUGACGGUUAUGAGAGGAUGCCUUAGUUUAUUUUGUAAUUCCAUUGAUAAGAAACAUGUUGUGGUGUGGACUAUGAAGCAAUAUGGUGAGAACAAUUCUUGGACCAAGUUCAUUGUCAUCCCACGUUGGGUUGAAACAACGAGACACUUAGAUUACUUAACACCGUUGUGUGCUAUGAAGAAAGGUGAAGUUGUGAUGAUGAUAAAUCUUGAUAGUUUGGUCAUCUAUAAUCCUAAAGAAAACUAG